GGUUGACGGAUGAGCGCCGCAGAUCGGCGUUGCAUCUUCCUCUCUCCCACCUCCCGAAGUGCUUCAAAGGCGUACAUGGUCAACGUGGAGUCGAGGUGUUGGUAACUCGUUGCAAUCUGUCUCUUUCCGUUCCGGUUCGCCUAUCCCCCCCAGCGUUCACAAACAUUUUCCCUUUUUUCACGUCUCUUCUUUGCUUUCGAACUUAAAGAACUGCUUCUGUCCAGGAUAGCUCGUGGUUGAAGGAAAACAGGAACAGCCUGGCGCCGUUGUGGAAUUUUUGGCUUAGAGUGACUGAGAAGCGAAAGAAGGAGCUGAAUGUCUGUCGAUGGUCAGUGAGAUGACGGUAGGAUGGAAAACAGUGGUCGUCAGCAAGGAUGGUACUCUCUUCGAAGUGCAGCAAAUUCCGUCGAGAAGAAUAUCUGCCGUAUGGGGUUUUUUCACCAACCACUACGCGAUCCUGUUCGUCCUCCAUGAACGUCGCAGACGCCUGGCUCUAGUGGAUUGCCAGGUGAAGAAGUGUCAGGAUGCGAAGAGAAGGCUGUGGCGUUGAUUUCUCUGCGCAAAGUUUCCAAGUAUCCCUCAAAGCACCUUGUUCACAACACUGAUACAACGAGUUCAAAUACAACAACCAAUCACCUCGAAUGACUGCCGCCGUUACGAGUAAAUCAUCUCCGAACUCUCCGUGUUCAAUAUAUUGUCCUCCACUGCAGAUUUAGAUUGCCUGAGCUAAUGAAAGGCUUCCCUUCACAUCCCAAACUGAGGCUAUCUUUCAAGCCCUACAGUUCCCCUCCCAAAGUACGUUGGUUGAACCUGAUCCAUAGUUUCCGCCCGAGACCAUCCGAGACUGCUAUCCCCGAGACUGCCGAAGUGGGACAAUGUCAUAAAACAAGGCAGGCCCCUUUCUUUGCAUUCACCAUUCCCCUUUGCCAACCACCAUGACCACGAUUGGAAGCCUCGCCCCCGAAACUAUCAUACACAUCCUCAGAACCGCCUCUCAGCUCGAGCUACAACAGAAUGCUUUCGACAACUUGCCCCUCACUAUUCCCAACUGUUCGGAGGUUUCUCGACGAUGGCGUUCCAUAGUGUCCAAGGCACCCACUGUCUUCACGAACAUUAUUGUUCCAUUUGAGAUUCUACGAAUCCACAAUUACAGCAUCCGAAGCUGGAUCAAUUUCUGGCUGGAACAUUCGAAACCACUUCCAAUAACCCUGCUAUCGAUCUUGCCUCGUAGUCUGGAAUGUGAAGAUUUUGAGGCAUUCCGUCAGAUGUGGUGCGAUUUCAUCAUCCCCAACGUUUCCCGGCUUGAAAGAUACCACUUCCAUCUCCGGACGAUCCGCUUUACGCACCAAUCGCAGUAUGCGUUUCUACGGGCAUUGCGACAUGUCGAUGCCCCGAUUCUCAACGAUAUCCAUAUUCGGGUUGGUUGCGAAAAAGACCGCCGGCUCUAUAAGCCACUGUAUUCCCUCUUCAGGUCCAUUCCGAACCUGCGUAAGGUAGUCCUUUAUGGCUUCGACAGACUGCCUCCCUUAACACAUGAACUCCGGGAACUCGACAUUUAUCGCGUUGAGUUAUCCAAUACUUCAUUUCAACGGCUUGCAACCGUUUGUCAAAGGUUAGAGGUCUUAACCCUCCGGUCUAUUUGGGUUUCCAAAGGUUCAUUAUCGGAUGAUUCUCCAACACCGAUUAAAAUGGACUCUCUUCGAACCUUGACUCUCAACUUUGAGGAUGUCGGGCCCUUCGUCAAGAACGCAAAUCUGAGCAAACAUUAUCUCACACACGUCCUAGCUCCGAACCUGGAAUACCUCGAGGUCUCACCCGCGGAGCUCAGUAGAAUCAAUUUGUUCAACAUGCUUCCGAACCCUUCGUCGCUCACGAGUUUGAGAACACUCAAACUAGUUGGAGUUUCUAAAACCGUACAACGACAAACAGUCUCAGGAGAUAUGGAUAAUUCUAUUUGGUUCAAGAGCCUCCCCUCUUCCAACGUUGUAGAGGAGAUCCAUCUCUCCCAUUCGUCAGGUGAGGUACUCGGAAUUGAUUUUCCGAUUCCAGACUCGAGCGGGGAACCCCGAAGUGGGGAUGAACUCAGGGAUAUGGAGAGGUUAAGUGAUAUUUACUACAUCGGAAGGUCGCAAAAAUACGAACCCAAUCCCGUAGUUGAUUCAAUGCGGCCAUCCUCCUCCACCGCUUCGUUGACAAAUCUGAAAUCCCUCACGGUGGAAACGUUGGUAGCGGAAGAUAUGGUUUGGAUGUGCCGUCUUAUAACUGUAAGACCUACGAUUCGGAUGGUUUGGUUGUCUGAAUCGGCGUUGUUGACGUUACGCACAAGUCUUAUUCUUUGGGAGGAUCGAGAUUCUGGAAGGUCCUUUAUAAAGAUUCAGAAACCGGGAUAUAUGGGCUGUGAAUUUAAAGAACAUGUUGAGGAGAAGGGGGUUGAUGUUGAGAGAUGGGUGAAGGAGAGGGUUGAGUUGAGGAUUCUUGGUUCGUCGUAGUGAUAACGAGCGAAGGAGAAUUAUUAUUGUCAGCAUGGUGAAUCCAGUUCAAUAC